AUGGCCUACAAACUCCUUGUUGGCGGGUACACGCAGGGUGGUCUCCGUGUAGUCACCUUUGAUCCUUCAAACAAUAAGCUCGACCUCCAAUCGACGGGAAUCCCAGUCGGACCGGACCCAUCAUGGAUCGUCCAGCAUCCGCGUGAUAGCAGUCUCAUUCUCGCGACGAGUGAAGUAGAAGACGGAAAGUUGCAUGUGAUUCGACUCAAAGACGGCGAGGAACUCUCGGGCGAGGUGCUCACCAGCGUAUCGAGUGGAGGAACUUAUCCGGCACAUCUUCUGGUACUCGACGACUCCAUUGUCACUGGAAAUUACAUGGGAGGUUCCAUACUUGAUAUUCCCUACUCGCUUGGGCCAGUAUCGGUUAAGGAUCACGGCUCAGAAAAGGCGCAGGGUGUACACAUUCAGUUUAGUGGAACAGGACCAAACCCAGACCGCCAAGAAUCUUCGCACCCCCACGAAGUCUAUCUACACGGCAAUGAGCUCUUAAUUCCUGACCUCGGUGCAGACAAGACAUGGAGACUUGUCAAGGGGGAUUCUGGAUGGGAAAUCAAAGGCGCAAUCGAAUAUCCAGCCGGAUCCGGCCCGCGUCAUGUUCUAAUUCAUGAUGGUAUAUUGUACACAGUACUCGAACUGUCCAACGAGAUUGCACUGCACAAGUUCGUGGCCCUGCCGGAGACGCCAUCACCAAUCGCCGUUCUAUCGACUUUUGCAAGUGGAUCCCCUGCAGACCCAUCGAUGCUUGCGGCAGAAAUUCUCCUCUCACCGGACAAGCGGUUCAUUUACGUCUCAAACCGCAACGAUCCGUCACCAGAAGGCGACACUCUUGCCGUGUACACAGUGCAUUCGGACAAGCAAGAAUGCAAACUUGUUAAUGAAAUUCGAACAGGGGUGAAGCAUGCAAGGGGCAUGAAGUUUUCAAAGGAUGGCACGUACCUGGCUGUGGCGGGCAGUCACACAGGCUCUCUCAAGAUCUUCAAGGUCGUAGAGGGUAGCUCUAAUGGAGAGGUGACAGCAGUUGCAAGCGUAGAGGGACUUGAGAAGCCGACUGCAGUGGUUUGGCUGUGA